GAGGGGUCGUUCUCCUUCUGGCUCUGGAGCUGUUGGAGAGAGUUGGGGGUGUGAGAAUUUGGGAGAUGGGAGGGCAGAGGGAUCCCCAGAUUAUAAGGGACCCCCUCUCCCCACCAGCCUCCUCUCCCUUCCCCAACUCACCCGAGCGCUCCUUCGGGGUUGGUCAAGAUCCUGCGGGGGAGGGGUCUGUGAACCCCAAAACUGAGAACUCUCCCCAGUGCUCCUGUUGCCCCCACAACUCCGAGACCCCCGAAACCCUGGGGGUCCUGGAACACUCCUCAGGACCCCCUCAAAACCCUGUGCAACACCCGACAGCCCCCGGAACCUCCCCCGAGCUCCUGGAACCCUUUAAGCUCCUGAGAAGACCCCCACUCACGGGGCUGCCCAGAGGGCUGCGGGACGGCACUGCCCAGGGGGGGCCCCCCCGGGGGGCUGAGACCACCAAGCGCUUGGAGCUGCGUCGCGUCACUGUAGGAGGAGAUGGGGCCCCAAAACGGACGCGCCCACCCCACGGCCCCCCACACAGCCCUUCCAGGCCACCCCACGCCACGAACACAUGCGACGCACCCGGCCACAAUGGAGCCCCCCAGCAGGCCCGCUCAGACCCCGCCCCCAGACCCACAGCCCCGCCCCCUCCCCACAGCUCUUCCAUAGACGCCCCCCAGGACCACCGCAGCUCCAAAUGCCGCCCAUGA